AUAGUUGAUACUGUCACCUUGGAACCAAAAUGGCCGGCAUAUACUAUUUUCAAAAAUUAUAAUGUAAAACCACAUAAAUUACUUUUGACUUAAUGGGUCGCUUCAUCAAUUAAACAGAAUGUGAAGUGACAAAUUUGAAGGAAAUCUUUCAAACAUGUCCAGAGAAUUGUUUCGAACGCAAUAUCGACAAAUCAGCCGAAAGAAUGGUUGGACAUGCCCACCUCACCCUCUGCAGGGCGUUGCAUGGUUCUUUAUUCUAUACUUCUCUUUCAUCAACUUCACAACAUUGGUUCCUCACUUACAUUCAGAUGUACAGAUCCCAGCGUAUAUUAUCACUGCUCUUGCACUGAUAUCACAUGUUUUCACACACAUUGUGGCCAGCACCAUCAACCCAGCUGAUCCUGCUGUGCUGAAAGGAAACCCAAAACGGAAGCCAUUUGACAGAAGAAAACAUCCUCAUGUUAUAGAUGACAACUUGCACUGCUAUAUCUGUGAGACAGAUGUGGCUUCAAAAUCAAAGCACUGUAGUGCUUGUAAUAAGUGUGUGAUGGAGUUUGAUCAUCACUGUAAAUGGCUGAAUAAUUGUGUUGGUGGCAAAAACUAUAGGUGGUUUCUGGCGGUGCUUGUGACAGGAAUGCUCGGUGUGUUAUCGGUUCUCCUCUUGGCAUUAGUGGAGUUUGUGGCUUACUACAGUGAUCAAACCAAUGGAGAAAUAUUAAAACCAUACAAUGAUUUCAUAGCAAAUAUGACAGAUACUUCAGAGUUUAAGAUCUGCUAUGCGGUGGUUCCAGACGAAGGCUUUCUUGGCCUUGUGGGGGUGACAGCCAUCUUCUUACUCUUGUCGCUAGGGCUCUUAAUACAUCUGUUUGCCUUCCAUUGCUACCUAAUGUAUAACCAGAUGACAACAUAUGAGUACAUAGUUCAACAACGUGACAGGGAAGAGAAUGAUUAUGGCACAGAUGUUCCUCCAAGCAGUCAAAGAGAAAAGAAAAAGUCGAAAACAAAGAACAGAAUUGAGCCAAGCAAUGCAAGAGAAGGAAAAGACAAAAUUAGGUCAUCAUCAUCUGAUAUGAAUGACAACAGUGGACUACAGUAUCAGAAAAUGCUAGAGGAGGCAGAGCGACAGAGAACAGACGGGGAGACUCCCCCUCCUCUGACCUCCCCCAUACACAACAACAACAUUGUUUUUGACAAGUACAGUAGAGUUGAUGAUAGCGAUGGUAGCAACACAGUAAAGAAAUUGAGGAGAAAAAAGAGGAAAAGUCUCCGAGCUCACAUGAGCCAGGGUGGAGAUGGAGAUUUUCAGGAUACAGACAAUAAGAUAGCCACCAUAGACAAUCCUUCUCUUUACUACUCUAAGUCAGUGAAUGCACCAUUGGAUGGUUCAUUAAGGAAACAAUCCCAAAGAAUGAUGCCUAGUGUUCAUGAAAAUAAAAGUUAUCAUUCUGACACAGAUGAUUCCCAAAAUGAGGCUCCAUCAAAGAAUGUAAUUAAGGGAGGUAACACUCAAGACACUAGCCCUGAUUCUGGGAUUAAUUCACAAGACUCUAUUCGCAAAAGUAAACGGUUAAGGCGGAAAAAACCACGGAAACCCAGGCAAAUGGAUGUGGAAGAAGAAAAUGAAGACUUAAACUCCACCACUAUUUUUACAGUGAAUGGAACAGCCAAAUUUAAUAGAGAUGGAAGUUUAAAUUAUGGUGAUGGUUUUAGAGAACUGCCAUUAACACCUGUCCAACUAAGGAAAAAUAAAAAUCUUGGUGAGAAUCGACCAUCAGAAGUGCCAAAAUUAGACUUAGGGGCUCUAAGGGGGAGUCAUGAGAGUAUUUCGUAUCAGCCGGUCAGUUCUCUGAGGUCGUCUGAUACGUAUAGAGCGGUGCUAGGGGGUAUACCCGAGAGAUCAUCCUAUGAUACUGAGGUCUAGUCAAUCAAUACAGAGUUAUAAUAAUUAUUGUACUAAUUUUAAUUUAUUUUGUUAUUCACUUAAUCAACUACUUAGUGUAGUUACUCUAUUCUCUGCUGCACAGGGAAAUUAAAAGACUCAAAUCAGAUUAAUAUCUAUAAAAUUUCAUAUGAAUGAAUUGUGAUAUUUAAAAAUCACAAAAGAUCUACUGUUUCCUUUGUAUGUAAUUACAUGUAGAUGUAAAUUUGGGAGUUUUUAUACGUAUUUGGGAGUAUCUAUUAUGUAUAUCAACAAAGAAACGUAAAGGAAAUUUUUGUCCAUAUUGUGAAGCAAUUGCAAUUUUAGCCUCUAGGUUCCAUCUCCUUUUUUAGUAUUGCUGCAUUGUUUCUGUUUGUGUAUUGAUAGAUUUCAGUUAUUUCGAGUUAUUUGCUUUUGGCUCCCAUGUUGGACCUCUAGGUCAUCAACACCCUAUAAGAGUCUCCCAUUUUAUGUGGAACCAAAUUUUUCCGGUCAUAGUAGGCACUGAAUUGAUAAGGCGUACACACACGCCAUAUUCUACUCACUAUAUACUGUAGUGUACACACAGUCAUAUAUAUGUGUGGAAGCUUUUUCGUUACUUUACAGUUUUGAUUUUUCUUUGCCUGACAUCCAUGGCCAUCAUGUUAAAAUUUGGUUUAUAGUCAAACUUUAAUCAUGAUGUUUGACCACCAACACAACAUUAAAGGAGAGUAUUUUAACUCUUCCUUAAAAAGAUAUCUGAAUUUAGGUGUAUGUAGGAAAGACAUUCAUCUGUUUAUUACUGCUUUUAAAGUGGUCCAACUGUGAUAUCUUAAGUGUUUUAAUUGCAUAGCAAUCCAGAUUAUAGAAUUCCUUGAUACAUUAUGAAUUUAAGAAGAAGAAAAAAAAAUUGCUUAAAUGAUGGAGACCAAUCAAAUCAUUUGCUUAUGUAGGUUUGACAUACUUAUAAGUUACCAUCAAUUACAUAUCUAUACCAGUAAUUUUUCUGAGAGCUUUUUAACUUUGUUUAACGUCUCUGUAUUCUUUUAUAUCGUUGUGCUUAUUUUAUUUCCGUCCAGAAUAUUGUUUUUAUUUAGAUAUUUCUUUUUGUUAUUUUGAAAUUUAUACACAAGAAUAUGUACAAUCAUUCCAUGAAUAGUGACAAUGACCAGUAUCACAUAUCUUGAGGGUCCAAUGUUUGUUUUAUUUGACUCUUCUCCAUUCCAUUUUGGGGCAUGGGAGUACUCAGUUCUAGCUAGUACGUGUAUGUUUUAAUUGUGAAAUAUUUGAGAUAUUUAUACCCCCGCUCCGAAGGAGAGGGGGUAUACUGUUUUACCCUUGUGUGUCUGUCUGUCUGUCCGUCCGUCCGUCCGUCUGUCUGUCUGUCUGUCCGUCUGUCUGUCCGUCCGUAACAAAAAUUUCUGUCGCAUUUAUCUCAGCAACUAUUUAUCGCAGAUGCUUGAAAUUUUAACACAGUGUUUGUUUAGGCAUGCCAUAUCGUGGAAUAUAUUUUUGUACCAAUCGGACGUCAACUUCCUGUUAAAUGACGACUUUGCUUAUUUUUUAACCAAAAUUUUCAAACAAAUUUUCGUCAAAGAUUUCUCAGCAACUGUUCAUCGCAGAUGCUUGAAAUUUUUACACAGUAUUUGUAUAGGCAUGCCAUAUCGUGGGAUAUAUUUUUGUACCAAUCAGACGUCAACUUCCUGUUAAAUGACGACUUUGUUUAUUUUUUGCCAAAAUUUUCAAACAAAUUUCCGUCAAAGAAUUCUCAGCAACUAUUUAUCGCAGAUGCUUGAAAUUUUAACACACUAUUUGUAUAGGCAUGCCAUAUCGUGGGAUAUAUUUUUGUAUCAAUCGGACGUCAACUUCCUGUUAAAUGACAACUUUGCUUAUUUUUUAACCAAAUUUUCAAACAAAUUUUCGUCAAAGAUUUCUCAGCAACUAUUUAUCGCAGUUGCUUGAAAUUUUAACACAGUGUUUGUUAAGGCAUGCCAUUUCGUGGGAUAUAUUUUUGUACCAAUCGGACGUCAACUUAUUGUUAAAUGACGACUUUGCUUAUUUUUUAACCAAAAUUUUCAAACAAAUUUUCGUCAAAGAUUUCUCAGCAGCUUUUUAUCGCAGAUGCUUGAAAUUUUAACACACUAUUUGUUUUGGCAUGCCAUAUUGUGGGAUAUAUUUUUGUAUCAAUCGGACGUCAACUUUCUGUUAAAUAAUGACUGUUUAUUUUUUGCCAAAAUUUUCAAACAAAUUUUCGUCAAAGAUUUCUCAGCAGCUAUUUAUCGGAGAUGCUUUAAAUUUUAACACAGUAUUUUUUAAGGCAUGCCAUAUCGUGGGAUAUAUUUUUGUACCAUCUUCCUGUUAAAUGAGUACUUUGUUUAUUUUAGCCAAAAUUUUCAAACAAAUUUUCCUCAAAGAUUUCUCAGCAGCUAUUUAUCGCAGAUGCUUGAAAUUUUAACACACUAUUUGUUUAAGCAUGUCAUAUUGUGGGAUAUAUUUCUGUACCAAUCGGAUGCCAGCUUUCUGUUAAAUGUCGACUUUGCUUAUUUUGCAUAUUCACAUCAGAGCGGGGGUAUCACUAGUGAGCAUUGGCUCACAGAUGUCUUGUUGUUUUUAAAUAAUUUAUUUUUCCUGUUUCAAUGAUGAGCUCAGGUUGUGAAUGGUGGGAAAUUAUGAUAUUGCAAGUUAAUUACUUGAUUAUUUUGGUUUUGAUACAAGAAACUGUUUUAUACAUAUGUUUAUCUUGUUCUGUGAUCCAGUGUGCAAGCUUGAUUUGACUAUUGUUGUUCUUGCUGUUAGAUUUCAGUCAAAUACUGUUGGUAUUGUAAUAUUUGCCCAUGUAUUGUGAGAUGGAUCAUUACUUGAUUAACCUGUCUUAUUUUUGGUAUUUCUGCAAAGUCCCUACCCAAUUUAUGUACUAGAUACUCAGACUUUGUCUUAAUUAAUGUGUCAAUUGUUCUAAUUAAGAAUUCAUGUAUGUUUUGCACAGAUUCUGCAUUACUCAUCAGAAAAAUUAACGAAGACUUCCUUGAGUUAUAAAUAUCAAUGUCAGGUUUCAAGAUUAGACCAGGGGCUUUAAAGCUGCAAAAGUUGCAGAUAUUAAUUUCAACUACCUGUAAACAAAGUUCCUUUAAGCAUGUUAUUUGGUAAAAGAGGGAGGUGUAAAUCUUAAAAUUCAUUUUGAAAUAUGUGUUUGUAAUUCAAUGUAUGGUACAAGUAUAUGUAUGUGUUCACUAUGAAAAAAAAACCUUUUCUCUCUUUUAUUUAGACCCUCAAAGAAUCUAAAACUCAUUUGAUCAUUUUCACCAAUGAAU